GGGUGGGCAGAGCUGGACUGGAGCUGGAACAGAGCCGGGCUGGAGCGAGGCGGUUUAGAGGUAAACUGGAGCUGGAGCCUGAGCCGAAGCAGGAUUGCUCCGCGUCCUCAGUGACAGCGCCGAGUCGUCUGCGUCUGUGUUACCGUUGGACGCUAUCCUGCGUGUGUAGUUUACCUAUGGACAACAGUACGCUGUUUAUGACGAGUGAUAUCAGGUUAGCAAAAUUUGUUGUGACUCGGAGGUACCAAACCAAAUAAAGCCAAAACCGGAGUAUUCGCAAGAAGAAAGCUGCGCGCUAGCACAGGCCUUAUACCAGACCUCGGGAUAUAUGUAACUGCACACACGACGCUUUGAACGUCCAGGGCGGAUUCGACGGCAGCACAAGGCUCCCUGUUGCGGAGACCGCUGUUUGUGGGUUUCACUCCGCUGAGUGAAAAGCGAGACUUCGAUUUUUAAAAGCAAAUAACCGGGUGUAUUUUCCCAGAGUACUGCUUUCAAGUUAUUAUCGCCUUUAGUAAAUGGCAUUUAGAUAAUUACCGCCAGUAGGUCUUAGCAUUUAGCUUUGCUUGUUAGCAAGCUAGCAUGCUAACUCUGAAUAGCGAGUCGUUAACUGGUGUUUCUGGUUAGACGUGACUUUCACCAGCUUCUUGGGUAGUUUAGUUGCAGUAUGGAUGUGCGUAGUUCAUUCUUCUCGAUUCCGGGCGUCACUACUCGCUGCAGCCCCGAAAAGCUCGCUUUAAUACGCCUGGCUUAGCUGGAGAUGCCAGCGGGCGGAAAUCUGUCGUUUUCAAUAGGUACGUCCGCGGUCGUUUAGUUUUUAAAAUCAAAUACAAAACAAUGCCUGUGUUAUUAUUCAGGACCUUUUAAAUGUUCGCUUUGGGACCGUUUUUAACACGGUUUGCGGUGAGGUCGUCUUUGUUUAAACCAUCGGUGAAGACAAUGAGCCCCCGGACCCAGCUGGGCUCACCAUAACAAAAACAAAGAUGUGAUUUUCCUGCUAAGGACCGAGUACCAUUUGGGUUUCAUUCUGCAUUACACCUCAGGAUCUUUGUUCAGCAGGAGCUGUGCUUUUUUUAAUGGACGAUCUUCACAUUUAACUUUCUUUGACAACUGUGCAGCUUCAGAGACGGUUGAUCCGCAUUAAAGCCAUAUUUCAGGUCAUUUGCCCCAGGCGACUGCAGCUGGACUCGGAAUCAUAUUUAUACUACAUAAACGACACUAAACGGCGGUAAAUUUCAGUGAGUCUUCUUUCUAUAACCCUGUGUUUCUCUGUUAUCUGAAUUUUGGUGUGAAUAUAUUUUUUGCACGCCUACAUUUAAUUACCUACCCUUUGUGGAAGUCCUAGUCAGUCUUUUUCGUGCUUGUUUUUACGACUAUUUGGGGAUUUCGACGUUAGCUUGCACCCUGUCAAGAAGGGGUAGAAGUGACCUCGGUUCUAGCUGGAUCCGGCUGGGCACAAGGGUGUUCCCAAGAGACCAGCUCUCAGUUCACCUUUGUGCAAAUGAGAGGAAGGAUGGGCACCCAGGGUAGCCCCGUCAAGAGCUAUGACUACCUUCUGAAGUUCCUGCUGGUCGGAGACAGCGAUGUGGGGAAAGGCGAGAUCCUAGACAGUCUGCAGGAUGGAUCUGCAGAGUCACCAUAUGCCUACAGCAGUGGGAUUGAUUACAAAACCACAACCAUUCUGCUGGAUGGGAGAAGAGUCAAAUUGGAGCUGUGGGACACCUCGGGACAGGGAAGGUUCUGCACCAUCUUCAGGUCCUACUCCAGAGGUGCUCAGGGAAUCUUGCUGGUGUAUGACAUCACCAAUCGCUGGUCUUUUGACGGUAUUGACCGCUGGAUCCGUGAGAUUGAUGAGCAUGCCCCUGGUGUGCCACGCAUCCUAGUGGGCAAUCGACUGCACCUGGCCUUCAAGCGUCAGGUGCCCACGGAGCAAGCCCGCGCCUAUGCUGAGAAGAACGGAAUGACCUUUUUCGAAGUGAGCCCCUUGUGCAAUUUCAACGUCAUUGAGUCCUUCACAGAGCUGUCCCGCAUCGUGCUCAUGAGGCAUGGCAUGGAGAAAUUCUGGAGACCCAACCGAGUGUUCAGCCUCCAGGACCUGUGCUGCCGUGCCAUUGUGUCUUGUACACCUGUCCACCUGAUCGACAAGCUGCCCCUGCCUGUGGCCAUCAAGAGCCACCUCAAGUCCUUCUCCAUGGCCAACGGGAUGAACGCAGUCAUGAUGCAUGGUCGCUCUUACUGGCCCACACUGACCACCACCACUGGGAGCAGCAAGGGUAACAGCCUCAAGCGCUCCAAGUCUGUCCGGCCGCCCCAAAGCCCACCACAGAAUUGUGCCAGGAAUAACUGCAAAAUCUCGUAGCAUGUCGCUGGGGGGGCCCAAGCCCCCAAUCAUUAUCUAUCACCUUUCAGAGACUGCAUUGCCAGAACCAUGGACUGGCCCUCAACGGGGCCAUCUCCUCCUAUGAAGACCCUGUCCUGCCUGGGGCUAUGUGGUCGGACCCAGGGUCUUUCUCCUGCAGCCACCACAGUUAGCUGUCUAUCCAUCCAUCUCAAUGGCUUCUCCAACCCCCUGGAGCCGUGCAACACUAUAGCUAGUUGGAACUACUUUCCUGCAUUUUAUUUUAAUACAGUAUUUACACUUGAUAUUUAAUGGAGACAGAUUCUUGGCUGUGGUCAGUUUGCUUUAUUUUGUAAUGAAAUUUUGCACUGAAAUUCCUCAUGUGCUUGUAGAUGGUUCAGAUGGCAUCUUUUAGCCACGUGCUUGGAACAGGUGAAAUCAAGAAUCGCAAGAAGUUUACGUUGUUCGCCUGCCCCUAAGGAUAUCUGCGGUUUGCUCUCAGAUGUUGGGGUUUCUUUUCUGCUUUUUCUUUUCCAUAAGAGAUCCACACUCUUCUAAUGAUUGGAAGCUGUACACAACGCACUACUGAACAAUAUUGUGCCGCACAUCGGUUAACCCAGCUGACAAGCUGCCCCUAUCUCAUUCUCCUCCACACUUGACCCUGUGAACGUGGUCUUAGAGUACGGCUGUACCAACUGGCCAACGUUGGCAGCAGGAGGUCAAGAACCUCAAGUGCUCCAGAUCAAUCUGGCCAUCCUGGAGACGUCUCAGAACAGAGCCGCAUUUAGCGUCUGGCGUAUUAUGGCAGUGAAGGCCGCGAGCAGACUUUGAUCUUUACUUAUCCGUUCUCCAUCUUCCCUGAUCUCAUUUCUGUUUGGUUCCAUUUACAUUUCCCUCAUUUUCAUUAUGAAGGUGACGAGUUUUAGAAUGAGGUGAUGGUGAGUCUUAUUAAAAUGUGGUACAGUUUUACAGAUCUUCAUACAAGGUUCCCCUGUUAAUUCAGUCUGAACACCAUCCUUACAGCAGCAUUCUGAUCAUUUUAGAAAAUUGUCCCCUUUUUCAUAAAAAAAAAAAAAAAAAAUCAAGAUUUGACCCUUUAUUAUUUGGAGAGCUGGGAUUAAAGUUUAUUUUUUAUGGAUGGGCUGUUAGCAAGCAGAGCAAAUAUUUUUGAGAUUAAAUGGAAAACUCUUUAAUCUGUUUGUGGGGAAGAAACUUCUUUCUCCGGUCUUUAGAGUAGAAUUUAUCUAAAAUCACUAAUCCAAGUACACAAGGAAUUGCGCAUGUACAUGUAUAAACAGUGUAAUGUAUAAUAGCUGUAUGUGGUGGAGCAAAACGCCACGAAAAGCUUCUGCUCUGCCGCGCAUGCAUAGGACUGGACCUCAGCUACCCCCCAGUUACCAAGUAAACUCAUGUCAAUAACGAGGGUGAAGUACGAUGGGGUCCGAGUGUGCCAGAACACGAGUCACCUUUGUUUUAUCCUUUUUCUUCUGUGUAGCCACCAUCCUUGGCUGGGGAGAGUUUUAUGAAAGGAUGAGCUGUUAAUUGGGGUCCAGUUCAGGCUCUUAAAUAAAGGUGAAGAGCCACCUUAUUUGCCAUUACUCACUCUGUCUAAUGAACAUGCUUGUUAACACAGCCAGGCUUCAUUCCCAGUGCUUCCAGGCUGGUCUUCAGCUGAAUGCAUGGGUCUGAUUUUGUAACCUUCCACAUCACACUGAUGACUUCAGCUAAACUCCUUCACCUUUCUGCCAUUAACUCAUUCAGUCAUCCGUGUUUCAGUAACCUGCACGGCCGGCCUUCCUGUGCCAAAUCCACUAUCGGGGAAAUGCAGAGAAGCCUGCAACUGUUUCAUAGUCGCAAUAUUUUAAUAGAUUUUUUUUUCCAUACAAAAUGAACCGUUUUCACUUAGAACAGUAACUGCGUGUUAGGGUUGUGCUUUUUAAAUGCACGAUGUACAGCUUGAAGUUAGAUUCAGUUCAUCUUCAGAAAAGCUUCAAUAUGUCAACAGAAUGAAAGCCAAGUAGGUGCUCCGUCUGUGACUUAAGCAGAGAGUGGUUUUGUUAAUGGGGUUGCCAGUGUGCCGGCUUCUAGACACCUUAAAAGCAGCUCUACGCCUGCUGAUAUCAUUACUCACUGCUCGUCUAGGGAGCCUCGUCUGUUAAAAUGCGCCCUGGUGUUUUUCCUGCUUUCAUUUAGGUAUUUUUCCUGUCGCUGUAACAAAGCUUCACAGUGUAAUAUUGUAAUUAUCCUGUUAUUUAAUUCAUUUCUGGUAUGCCCUUUCAGGGAUCGUCUUGUGUUUUGCACAGAGCCUCACAAACUCUUGCUCUUUGGUUCCCCCCCUCCGCGGUUCUCCUCUCUGACCCCCACCUCCCCGAAACUCAGGGACCAAACUUCCCCACUUCUGCAAGCCCUGUCUGUGACGCCAGGAUAGCACUGGCUGAGUCGGGUUUCCUAAGGAUGUGUAUUAUAAUUAAGUUCCUUUUAUGAAGAGCAACUGUCCCUUGUUUUUGUGGGUUAAGUAGCUGUCUGUUGCCGUUUACACCCAGUGUAGGAAUGAGAGGAAAGUGUGAGAUCCAGGAAUCAGGAUGAGCUUUUCUGGCCCAGUGCCCCGACCCCGCAGGCUCACCGCAUCAGCUCUGCCCCUCCACUACUCCUGCAUACCUGCCUGUUACAGAAGUCCAGAGGUCCGCAUUCGUAGCAGAGGAUUGCAGCAGUGUUACGUUUAAAGUCUUCCUCCUCGGACUGAGCCCUGGGGAUGUAUGUGUCUCGCAGGUCCCCUGCAUGGCUGGCAGGGAGCAGAUCCCUGUGCCCUCGCACUUAUCAGGGAGAUUUGCCAUGUUAAGCAAUGUAACUUAUCCUCGGGGAUGAAGUAAAACCAUGGAUCGUAAAUGCAAUUAACAGCCCGUGAAGCUCCUCCAAUUUCCUCCAUUUGAGUUGUAUUUCCCUGUAAUUUUGAAGGUGAAUGGUGGGAUUUUUUUUAUUUGAUUUUUUUUUUGUGUUUAAACAACCUGGCUGGACUGUAACAUAUCUUAUUUGUGUGUAGGAUGUGGGGGGGAAGGGGGGUGUUCAUUUACAACAGCUAGUUUGGUCUUUGCUAUUUUUCCAUUUUCGUGUUAUAUAAAGGGAAAUGUAAUAAUAUUGUGGUUAGAGUAAAACACUAUCUUACUUUGAUUUAAGCUGCUGGGUAACUUAAAUGAAGAAUGCUUUGUAAUUAAACACAACUUUUUUAAUCGUUUUGGAUUGUACAGUUCGUAUUAAAUGGAAGUACUUUUCCCCCAAAUAAACCUCCAAAUAUUUUA